CUUUCAGCCGGUCUGGAGAGAUGGCGCCGACACGCACUAAGAUCUGCAACGUGCCGCGUCACAACCCGGCGACCCGGCGGACGUCACCACCCCGCGACCCGGUGGACGAGGGAGUGGGAGAUUCAACUUGCUAAGAUGGCCACCCCCAGCAAGACCCCGCCCGGGGCUGACCCCAAGCAGCUGGAGCGGACCGGGACCGUCCGGGAGAUCGGAUCCCAGGCAGUUUGGUCGCUGUCCUCCUGCAAACCUGGCUUUGGAGUGGACCAGCUGCGGGACGACAACCUGGAGACAUACUGGCAGUCUGACGGCUCCCAGCCUCACCUGGUCAACAUCCAGUUCAGGAGGAAGACCACCGUGAAGAUGUUGUGUAUUUACGCCGACUAUAAAUCUGACGAGAGCUACACGCCCAGUAAGAUCUCUGUCCGCGUCGGAAACAACUUUCACAAUCUGCAGGAAGUUAGACAAUUAGAGAUGGUGGAGCCAAGUGGCUGGAUUCACAUAUCCCUGCUGGAUGCGAAGAACAGUCCGAUCCGGACCUUCAUGAUACAGGUGGCGGUGCUGGCCAACCACCAGAACGGCCGGGACACCCACAUGAGACAGAUCAAGAUCUACACGCCGGUGGAGGAGAGCUCCAUCGGGAAGUUCCCACGAUGCACCACGGUGGACUUCAUGAUGUACAGGACCAUCCGCUGACUCCGGAGCCCACCAUAAUCCUUAUCAAUAUGGACAUCAAUUCAAAUGUCAACAGCGUUCGGACCCGGGGUCGGUCGGUCGGUCUCUCUCUCUCUCUCUCUCUCUCUCUCACUCUCACUCUCACUCUCACUCUCACGGUGGAGAAUCAAACGCACCAGGUUACCUCUGGAUGUCCUUACAGAGGAACAAGAUGAGGUUCUCCUCCCACACCCUGCUGAGUGCCAAUGGUGCCGCGUCCCAGACGCGCGCCAGGAACCACGUGCUUCUGUCUGCGUUUGCAGGGGAGGACGCGCGUAUAGAUGAUGCUGAAGAACCUUUCUGUGCAUCAAAUGACCCUGUGUGUCCUCGUCUCUGCUGUGUUUCUAUUAAAAACGUCUUUCACAUGUA